AUGGACUUCGAAUAUAUUCCGACGAGCGUCCGAGGACCAGGAAGUGAUCCGAAUGACUGGGAGUUGUUAGCUGGAUGUGAUUGUACGGGUGAAUGCUCUGCAGAGCAGAAUUGUGCCUGUCUUUUGGGUGCAGAGCCUGUCCCGCUCAAAGGAUUUGGCGUUCGGGCACUGCGAGAGAUUCCAAAAGGAGUGUUCAUUUGUGAAUAUGCUGGAGAAGUUUUGAAUAAAGACGAAGUCGAACGGAGAGCAGUUUCCACUCAUGAUCAUAACUAUACUUUAACUAUCAGAGAACAUGGAGAAGUCGUAUUUGAAGCACUAUUGGCUAUGACGAAUAGCUUGUAG